AUGCCAAUCCACCUCCAUUGUGCCCCGAGCUGCCGCCGACGUGCGCAGCUCCUCGCCACGACGUCUCCGACAAAGCGUCGCAAGGUCUCCCCGAGCAGUCCAGGAGAGACACAACGUCACGCCGAAGCUCAAGCUCCCUCUGAUUCUACGGCGCCUUCAGUCCCCUCAUUGCCUCCUCGGCGCACUCCCUCAUCUAAUAGUGCGACCUCCUCACCCGAACCACAACCGCCUCGCUACGUGCCCGCCCACCUGCAGUCACACGUCCCCGGCACUCGAUCCCACAACGGCGCCCGUUCACCCACCCCCGCGACCGCCACCGCUGGCCUCACUUUAACCAGUGAACGCGAACGUGAAUCUGAUCCCUCCGACAUGCGAACCGGCGACACUGACACUGACGCUCGAUCUUCUUCCCCUGGUGUCAAGCGCCCUGCCUCUGAAGUUGCCGACUCCGAUCCCGAUCCCGAAGGAGGGGUGAGCACCAUGGGUACCAAUAGAGAUGGCCGGCCUUCAGUCGAUGAGCAGAUUGCCGAGGUCCAGGCGACUAUGAUGUCCCCGCUGAAGGACCGUCAAAAGGGUUAUGUGGUAUCGAUGAACUGGCUGAAGACCAUUCUCGCGCGAAGCUCCUCCCACCCCGAACAAGCCGGCAGCGAAUCGCAAGACAACGAACUCGGUCCUGUUGACAACUCCGACCUCGUGCUCGACGUUGGUCCGGCAAAUGAGAAGUUUAGGGACGAGAAAAGCGAACCAUUCACACCUUUGCGCCCGGGAUUGAAACAAGGCGAAGACUUCGAGGUCGUUCCGCAGGAAGGAUGGGAUAAGAUCAAGAGCUGGUAUGGCCUCGCCGACCAGUCGCCGGUCAUCGUACGCUACGCACACAACGUCAACCAGCGUCAUGAGGAUGAGAAGAUCGAAUACGAACUCAACCCCCAGAUCUACACCAUCUACAAGCUUGCCGUUUCCUCCAACAUUACUACAAAAAUCCUGAAAGAAAAGUCCCGCAAGCCCAGCAAGGUCUUGGCGCACGCCAAUAAAAACUUCCAGAAAUGGCUGAAGGAGGCUAAGAAGGAGACUGGAAUUGACAAAUCAACCAAGGUCCGCGUAUGGAAAAUUGCCGGCAGCAUUCCCAGUGCCAGCGCAUCCGCCGUGACGACCCCCGCCGUGUCCCGCACCGUCUCCCCCGCGCCCCCGUCGGGUCUACUCGCCACCAGCAAACACCUUAACGUCGACCCUAGCGCCUUUCUCGCCUUAGCUGAAGGAACCGAGCGCGAGCUUCUCGAUGAGCAGAUCAAGGAUCAGACUGACAACCCCAAGUACAAUGGCACCAUGAACUUACGCAUGGCUGGUCUCGUUGGCACGGAUGUCAUUAUUCUCGAGGAGCAGGUUGGUAAAAAUGGGAAAUGGGCAUCCGAGGUGCUGGAGAAGAAGCUCAAGGCCAAUGGAUUGAGCGUGGAGAAACCCAAGAAAGAGCUGAGCGCACUCAUUGCCAAAUCACCCUUGAGCAGUGGCAGGUCUACCCCAGCCCAAGAGACAAAACCUGAGCGCGGUCGUCCCCGAGGACCCCCUAUGGGAAAAACGGGUCUUGACAACCUCGGUAACACCUGCUACAUGAAUGCAGCUACGCAGUGUCUUCGAAAUGUCGAGGAACUGACCUACUACUUCCUGAGCGGCAAGCACAAGUCUGAGUUGAACUUUGAUAACCCUCUGGGUUUCCGUGGAGCGCUUGCCAGUGCUUACGGAGCUUUGCUGGGUCAAAUCCAUCGCCAGCCCCCGCCCCCAUUUGUGGACCCUAGGAAGUUUCGCAAUGUGAUUAAGCGGACCCAUCCGUUCAUGGACAGCUAUGAGCAACAGGACAGCCAAGAGUAUUUGAUGGCUCUGAUGGAUGGUGUGGCAGAGGACCUCAACCGCAUUGUUAAGAAACCUGCUGUUGAGAAGCCCGAUUCCACAGAUGAAAUGGUAACCAACCGUGAGGCGUUGGAGAAGUUUGCUGCUACAUCUUGGGAGUUGUAUAAAGUUCGCAACGAUUCCGUCAUGACGGACCUGUUUGCCGGCAUGUACAAGUCAACCUUGCAUUGUCCCAACUGUGAGAAGGUCAGCAUCAGCUUCGACCCAUUCAUCAACCUCACUUUGCCGAUUCCCAAUCGACAAGUCAUCUACCGGGAGGUCAUUGUGCAGAAGAUCGGACAGGCCCCUGUAAAGGUUAUCGUUGAAGUCGACGCGUCUCAGUCCCUGCUUGCUUUCAAGAAAGAAGUCGCCAAGCGCUCUGGAAUCAGCCACAACCGACUCAUUGGCGGCGAGGUUUACAACGGCACUUUCUACCAAUAUCUCAACGAGGCCAGCCGGACGUUCCGCGAGGUCAACCUUAAGGCUGAGGAUGACGUCCUCUUUAUGGAAGUGGAUGGCGCCGUUCAAGAUCGCAUCUUGAUUCCAGUCUUCAACCGUUACCGCUCCGGUACCAACAACAACACUGGCAAACCCAGUUUCAGGCCAUUCGCGUUGCCAUUCAUGAUCUCUCUCACCCAGGAAGAAACACGUGACGCCGAAGCUAUCUACAAUAAGGUCCUGAAGCAGGUUGCCGCGCUGACAACUCGUGAUAUCUUGAAUGAGAAGCAGCCUGAGACGGAAAAGGCCGCACAGGAUGCCAGCGAUGAUAAUGACGAUGAAGCCGCCUCGCACCCGUUGGCUGGUAAGAUCUCUCAAAGUCUGUUGCGUCUCUUUGAUAUGAAGGUCCUCGAAGGCCAGGCCUACGGCAGGUCGCUUCCUUUAGGUCGUAACCUGGACAACAGCCGUGAUUAUUUCCUGCUCACUUCCCGCCUCCCUGCACCGACCCCAGAAAAGGAAGCCGAGAACAACUCUGAAGGCUCAACCGAUGGCAACAGUGAUGCUAGCGGCGAAGCCGAAGCGCCCCAGAGCCCAGCCAGUGAAGUUGCAGAUGACUGGUUCCUCAUCCAGUCAUCGGAUGCUCUGCUACUGGACUGGAAUGAUGACGCGAAGGAUGCCCUUUUCGGUGGAAAGGAUUAUGACGAGGAGGACGUGCGAGGUAAGGCGACCUACCAGAAGCCGGAACUUCUCAGCGACCCCGAGAUCUUGAAGCGCAAGUCGGAGUGGGAUACCCGGCGAACCAAGGGCGUCUCCCUUGACGAGUGUCUGGAUGAGUUUGGCAAGGAAGAGAUUCUGGAAGAGCAGGAGUCAUGGUUCUGCCCUCGCUGCAAGACGCAUACGCGGGCCAAGAAGAAGUUCGAUCUUUGGUCAACCCCCGAUGUGUUGGUUAUUCACCUCAAGCGUUUCUGUAUCAUCAACCGUUUCCGUCGCAUGAAGCUGGAUACCCUUGUCGAUUUCCCUCUCGAGGAAUUGGAUCUGUCACGGUAUAUUACUGGUCCCGAUGAUGGCAAGGCUAUGAAGUAUGACCUCAUUGGUGUCGACAACCACUCUGGCAGCAUGAAUGGCGGUCACUACACUGCCUACUGUAAAAACUUCGAGGAUGGUCGUUGGUACGACUUCAACGAUUCCUCUGUUUACGACAUAGAUAACAACAAGGCUCGAGUCGUGUCUUCUCGCGCAUACCUCCUCUUCUACCGUCGCCGCUCUUCAGAGCCCCUCGGUGGCCCUGUUAUUCGAGAAAUCGUGCAGAACUACAAGAAUCCCCCACCCGAGAGCGAAAAUGAGUCCAAUCACGCGGCCGACGAGGGUCAGCGCCUUGGCUCUCCCAUCCAAAAUGGCCUCUCCAGGGACGUCCACAUGUCGAGCUCGGACGAAAGCGACCAAGAGACAAGCCAUAUGAGUCUUCUUAACGAAGGUCCUUCCUGGUCCUUUGGCGCUAUGGAUGUCCCCUCUCGCCGCUUUGAUGAUGAAAAUAAUGAAAAGGCCAACAAUGGCGACGAUGACCUGUUUGAAGAUGACGAUAGCAAUGUUGCUGUUGGAGACGGUAACUCAGAGGCUGGAGACCGUAUGGAGGACCUUCGCUCUGGUGUCACUUCUGAUCACGACAUUUCCUUCGAGGAUGUUCCCCCUCUGCAGGAUGAUGGAUCGGAGGAUGAGCUGCCUGUCAAGGAGCUCCACGUCGAUGAGAUCGAUAAGAUGGAUAUCUGA